GACUUUUAAAGUGUACUUUUAAAAACAGUAUUUUAUGUUUUACAGGGAAACAGAGGUAUGUCAUAAUCUCUCAGGGUUGUAUAUACAUAUAUGCUAAUAGGAAUGCUAAGAGAACGGAACAAUCGUAUUCUUUAAAACAGUUUGAAAGUGCGGUGGAAUGUGAUCCCGAAAGCGGAGAGAAUAUUUGUUUCUGCCUAAGAUACAAAAAUGCACAAGCACCUAUACUGUUUUCGUGUGAUACUUUGGAAAGAAGAGAAAAAUGGAUUACCAAGUUAUGCUCAAACAUUUCAGAAGUACAAUCAAAUUUAUAUAAUGUUUCGGCUGACAGUGGAUUCGGCAGUGCUGAAGCAGUUCCGAGGAGUAAAUUGAAAGUACAUCAAGGAAAAGAAGAUCCUGUAGGUUAUGACGAGGUUGACGAAAGAAAUUACGAAACUCCAGUACAGGCAUGUGCAGACGAUAGGAACUAUGACUUUCCAAAAGUAUUUAGUGGAGCAACGAGCACUCAGGACAGAUUUUAUGAAAAUAUGAAAACAAAACAUACAGAUACAUUUCAGCCAGAUAAACCUGCACAACAAAAAGUGCAGAAAGUGCAACGAGAUGUAAAAUCGAAAGCGUUUACAGACGAGCUUAAGGUUAAAGUCGCCAGAAAAUCGAUUUCCACAACGAAGGAAGGACCAUUGCCACCUACAAAACCUACAUGUUCUCAGCCUUCCGGACCAGUCUCUGAAUCAUCAUUCGUGUCUAUACGUGGUGCUACAGAAGAGUCCAUGUCGCUACUGUCUGUGAGAGAACAGGAAAGCUUGUAUGAAAAUGAUACUGACAGCAGUAAUGAUAGCGAUAAUACAUCGCCUAAAACAAUUUAUGAAAACCCAGAAGAGUUGGAAAGCAUGAAGGUACAUAGGUUUGAAAGAUAUGAAUAUUUCUGUGACCAGAAGAUCAAGGUAAGAAGGUUAUUAAAUCGAAAGGCUAUUGGAGUUUUUGCUAUUUUUCCCGGUGAAUCAACAGAACAUGAACUUUGCGUUAUGACACCAAAAGGCUUGAAAUAUUUUCGUAUAUAUUCUCAGAAUGAACGAGUGUCCCUCUACAGAUCACACCAAUAUAAUACGUUUCCUGCUUUGGAUGAUCUACUGUCUUACUACAGCGCUAAUGAUUUACCUGGAGCGGAUUAUAGCGUUAAACUUCAGAGAGGAUACAACAGUAUGUCGUAAAUGUGCAAUGGAUUAGGUGCUAGAUAAAACUGCCACGUUCGAAAAAGUGACUGUUAAUAAAAAACAUAUAGUACAAGAAGCCAAACUGUAUUAAUGAUUAGGACGUGAGGUUAAUAGCAAACAGCAUCGUUGUGGCAUAAAAUUAUAUAUAUAAUUUUAAUUUCUAAACCUUCUUUGUAUUUAAGAAUCUACAAUUCUGUUUUAAUUUUAUUUUCGCAUGGCAUUAGCAUGUAUGUAAUGUUUAAACGAUUUACACAUGGCAAACAAUAUGUUUAUUGUCACAAAAUCAACUUAACAUAUACAUGUACAUAUAACAUAUACAUGACAUUGUCAUCCAGCCUAAUUUAUGUUUGGUCUGAUUCUGUGCAUUCUUUCGUGUCAAAAUUUAGGAAGUUUGAACACUUCCAAGCUGAUAUCUGAAUAAUCUGCAUCACUCAGUUUGUUGACAAGAUAGGAAGAAGACUGUUUAGUAGUAUGUUAUCUGAAGGUAACGGUCCUUUUGCUUUUUGAGGUAGGUCUGCACGAUUCAAACGUAUUUUUCUACAAUGUAGAAUUUUAUUAAUCUUUAUUCUUUCAAAGCACAUGACUGUUUAACACUCAAUACACUGUAUAUAAUAGAUUCUCGGCAACAUUUAUGCUAUCCGUAUAAGGGCAGCCAGGCCUUAUUCUAUGUUUUCUGGAUGCAUGACGUCACGCUUUCUCUUCCGAUAAAUCAAACGCACAGAACUACUUAUAGUACAGUAUAUUAAACAAACGUAUGUAGAUUAGCGACCGCGAGAAUAUUGCCACACACCGUUGAAACAAACGAUAAUGAAACUUCUCCUCUAUACAAUGUUCUGGAAGUAGCUAUAUCAUUAAGACAAAAGCAAAUCUAAAUUUAGAAUCACUGUAGGUCGCUCAACAAAAUGUUAAUCUUAUAGAGUUCUAAGACAAUAAUGAGAAGGAACUGCUUGCGAAUAGUCCAUACCGGGGUUGUUAUGUAACCCUACCAAGGACUGUGUAAUUAAUGUCGACACUGCAACAUUUUUCACUUCUAUCUAAAAACAUUAUUUAAUCAGGUCAAAAAAGUGAGUAAAGGUAUUAGAAAUAUGUUUUUCUUCAAGUGUAAGACCAAAAACUCAUCUUUGCUUUAAUAUUGUGAUACUUUGUUUUCAUUAAAGUAUUUUCUACGGUCCGGCAAGGUCAAAAAUGACACGGUGAUAGAUGAGUUGAAAAACCUGCAUCUGCAUUUAUAGUUAGAUAAUUCUAACUUGUCAAUGAGCUAUUUAUAAAUGCAUAUAUUUAUUGACUUUCGUGUCUGUUUAGUUAGAAUAUUACUUUUCAUUUGCAUUGUUUGUAUUGUUUCUUUAAACUUAUUAAGUUAUUAAGUUCAUUUUGAAGUGCUAGAAGGACAAUGUAAGAUGUAAAUACUGAAAAUACUCAUUAUGUGAUAGAGCAAACAUGUUUACAAGUUAUCUCAAUUAGGGAAAGGUAUGUUCAUAUUUAAUGAAAUGAAAUAUGUAUUAUAGUAAUAUAUGAUAAAUUUGUU